UCUUGAUCGCUUACUCGUCGGCCCCACGGGGGAGUAGCUCUGGGCUAGAGGUUACUGUACACUGUAUAUGCUGCUUACUGGCAGAGGCCAAGUUCAUUGUUGCUCACACACCGCUGCGUGUGACUGUCGUUCGCAGACCACAGACGGCAGCUGACACCCCUGCUCCUACACCAGCGUUUCUUAUCGCAUGGCUCUGUUUACUCUGCGCAUAUAUACGUGAGAGAAAAUCUGAAGCUGAGCGCAAAAACUGGAGAUGUAUUGGUUCAAACAAGGUCUGUGCGCCCUGCCAGCAUUCCUGGUCGUCUGGUCCUCCGCCACUUUCAUUAUUUGUUAUAUCAUCGCGAUUUACAGGCACGACGUCGACGUAAUCUUCCCAUACAUAAGCGACACGGGUGUCAGCCCCCCAGAAAGCUGCAUUUUUGGUCUGAUGACUUUUAUUUCUGCAUGUGCAGGUGUGGGCACAAUUUAUGCCAGAUACAAGCACGUGGAAUUGCUGAGGGAGGACGCCACUAAUGUGAGCGCAAGCCUCAACAAAGCAACGCUUUGGCUUGGUGUGAUCUCAUGUUUUGGCAUGUGCAUUGUUGCUACUUUCCAAGAAACAGUACUGCAAAUAGUCCAUGAUAUUGGAGCAAUACUGUUUUUUGUCGGUGGCAUUGUGUACAUUAUCCUCCAGUGUGUUAUAUCAUUUCGAGCCUAUCCAUAUGGGUCCUCCAAGAAUGUGCUUUGUGUGCGGGUCGCCAUCGCCUCCCUUGCUGCUGUGGCAUUUAUACCCACUGUCAUCUGUGCAUUUUACGUGAAACAAACGGAGCUGCACAGACAAAAGCAUGACGAGGACUAUCCCUUCCAUGUAGCCAGUGCAGUAUGCGAGUGGAUUGUUGCCUUUACCUUUGUCUUCUUCUUCUUCACAUACAUUCAUGAUUUCAAGUUCUUUACCUUACGGGUGAAAGCAGAACUUGAGGAUUAGUCUUGGAACAUUUUGGGCCAGAAACAUUAAGAUAAAUAUAAGUACUUACAUUUUAUGUAUGUAUCUCUAUUCCCGUCCAAUUUCCCCUGGCUGAAAUUUUGGUAGUAUACAGUAGAUACUUAAAAAUAUAUGUAUUUAUGCAUUUUGGUACAACCGGCUGUCUGUCAGUUGUGACAGAUGGAAAAACUAUGCAAAUACUUAUCAUUAUGUUGUUUUUACACAAACUAUUUUCAAGUGUACUUAAUGUUGCCUGUUUACUUUGCACUUUGGUGUUGCCACACCAGCAUGACGCAUUCUGUGAGAGCUCCGACUUUACAUAGGAGAAGUUCAUCACACAGUAAGCACAUGAUCGGUGCACUCGGGGCUAAAUGACAAUACCACUCAGACCACUCAGUAUGUCUGUGGCUACUUGGCAGUCUGACCUGUCUUUGACUGACAGUAAAUGUGUACUAGUUGUUGGUUUUGUGCAGAGGUUUAUGAAUUCCCAGUUUUACUGGAUGACCACAUUAUUGCAACAUCAAAUUAAGGAGGAAAAACUCCUGCUGUGGAUGCUCAGAUUCAGUUUUGGUUUCGGUAUUUGAAUCUGUCCACUCCACAUUGUUGACUCAUGAAAAGUCCAACAUGGUGUUUCUGACUGACAUGAGUUACUGUAUACUGUUCAUGUUCUCAGUCGUACUAGCUGACACUCCGAUAUCAUCUGCGGUGCAGCUACAAAUGUAGAUUUUCAUACAGGCAAUGGAAAUUAUGCUACUUUUUAGUAGUAAUUAUACAAUAUGAACCGAAAGUAAAGCUGGAAUUCUGGAGGUUCAUUCAAUAGGGCUUCUGGCUGGUUUUUCACUUGUAACCUUACAUCGUAUGGUUUUAAUCUAGGCAGAAGUUUCUGGUACCAAGUAUGGAUCUUGUACCUAGUAAGAAAAAGAUAUUUUGUCAAGUGUGUAAAGUAAGAGUCAUGGAUCAUUAUAGGUGAGCAGGCUGACUUUAAAGUAAGGAUGUCAAACUUUAGACAACUUUGAUCUUAAAUGAGCUGGACCAGUGAAAUUGUAAAAGAUAAAUAUGUAGAAUCAUAGAAAAGCUUUUGGUAAUUUAUUACCCAGACAGUCUUUGUCCAGUCCGCUGUCAAAAGCUUAAAUUUAUAUAGACGACAGUGAAAAAACAGGAACUUGCUGUCAUCUAUUAAUUACUUUGGCGUAGUAUGUCUGACAAGCUUUAAAACAUAUCAGAAUACAGUUAAAAGUACAAAGUCUAUGCACUCCAUCACAUUUUCCAGACCUGCAGAGUGGCAAAUUGGAGUCUUUGCCAGGCCGAUUCUGGCCCCAGGCCUUAUGUUUGACACCCCACACAUAAAGGGUGUUGGACUACACCCAUCUUCAAAAAACUGAUUUUAGCAGAUGGGUGGGGUGAGACGUUUGUGGCAUUGCAGCUGGUGUAAUCUGGCGUAAUUUAUUUAUUCACUUUUAGAUGUUUAGAGAAGAUGGACCCCAAAAUUGAGAACCACCGUUUUAGCCAAAAAUCAGCAAAGUAAAAUGACUGGGAGACUAGAAAAGGGCUGUAAAACUCUGAGAAAAAUGUGGGAUUUAGAGAUUGUUACAUAAAAGGAACAAGGGAAGAUAUUAACAAACUGGAAGGCUACUUGAAAGUUUCAUUAUCUUUAAUCUCUCAGACAGAGAGAUACAUGCAAGGCAUGCGAGCUGAGAAAAGUGGUCAAGUUUAAGCAGAGUAGCAGGCACAUACUUCUGCUGAACUGCUCUCGACAGCUUCAAUAAACGUACUGUACAUUGAAGAAAAGGAUCCUGCGCAGUGAUGUAUGCAGGUUGUAACCAUUUCACUACAGGCACUGUUUUUAUAAAAGGGAAACUUUUUAUUUUUGUGUUUUUUUUUUUCUGAACUACUUUUGUACUUUUGCUUAUAAAAUGAUGUACAGCACAGAUUGCAAUGCACAGCUGAGCUGAAAAAUAAAAGCACAUAUUUGAAAAAAGAAAAGAAAACAAAGUGUACGAGUGUUUAUUAAAGACAGAAUCACAGAUCCAGCAGGGUGCUUUUUCAGUAAAGUACAACUCCACACUUUUCUCACUACAAUUUAGCGUCCGUUAAAGGACAUCUUAUCCCUGACCGCGAUGACAUGAUAGCCCCUCUUUCUCAGGGUACAAGCAUUCUCAGGCUUGUACCCACAAGUUUUGAGUCACAUAAUGACGAAGAGUCUCACUUCCCACCAACAACAAUCACCACAAACAAGAGUAAAGUUCACACAUCACCUGCAGAGUUAGAGCAUGACUCUACAAAACCAGAUGAAGAUCAAGAGGCAUGUCAUUGGACUGACUGGCUAUAGAAUUUAUUAGUAUUCAGUGUCUUAAUAGUUAUUCAUUUCUCUGUAUCAAACAUAAAAACUUAAGCAGCUUUGGGAAAUUAACAUUUUUCAAAGAAUUUGCAACAAAUAACAAAAAGAAAAUAGUUUUGUUAGAAAUUAUUAGAUUGAACUAAAUGGUUAAAAGUGCACUAGGCAGUGCUGCAGAUACGGAUUUAAAGUCUUGAUAAAGAAUAUUUUAGUCUGAACAGCAUCCUGUUUUUCCAUCAAGGUUACACAAUCAUCACGAGGAUCUUUCAGUAUCAAGUGACACCAGGUCCCAUAUGAUCAAAAAGAUUACUGCACAAGUCUUACCAUUAAUGGUGAAUAAAUCAUUUCUGAAUAAUAUGGCAAAUAUUUGCUACUUUUGCUCAUAAUUAGCAAGUGUUUAUGUUGUGACGUCUCCGAAAGAAGGCGCUAUACUACAUUUAAUUUAUGUAAUGGAUAAUCAUCUUUUUACCUCCAUCUAGUUAAAAAAAUACAAAAUAAAAAUCAUACCUAUACAUUAUACAGAAUUAGGAAAUUAUUUGUAAUACGUGAGCCUGAUUAGCAGCUGCAGAGCAACUUUUCCUUUGUGUGUUGAUGCAGAUAUGACAGGCUCCAUGAAUGCAGAUCAGUCAUAGGUUUCUCACUGAGCCUCUGUCCUCCUCCAAGUACGACAUGUUGCUGGCUCUGCCUGUAAUGGCUGUGUAAACACAGACCUGAGGGCAGCUCAAAAGGCAAGCACACAAGAGCUGACAGCUGGCUGAUGAACGCAUCACCCGGUACAAUCAGGAAGUCAUAUUCAGGAGUGUAAUACAAACGUUAGGUCAGAGGGUUAAGCACUUUAGAGUGAAAACAAAAAGGAUUUAUAGUAUAACACGUUUAAGAAGAGUUAAUUUUCCCCAUUUAAACCACAGAUCAGAUCAGUUCAUACUUCUGCUUUUAUUUAGAGUGGAUAAAUAACAAAACCAGGAGAAGUUUUUUCUUUUUGUUUUGCCACAGGUCUGAUCUCUUUGAUAAUGAAAAAAAAAAAUACACCAUGUCACUACUGUGAUGUAUAUCCAAGUUCAGUUGCUACACUGGACUCUCCUUUAUUAUUACAUUUCACCAGGCAUGGUGAAGACUAUGCUGUAUAUAGUAUAGGAUGUAAA